UGGUCAUUAUUGCGAGUGGUAUUGCUGCGGUGCAUUAGUGAUCACUGAGGGACUUGACUUACGGAGACAAAGCAUCUGCUCGAGAACUAAGGAUGUCCGCUGGCGUGACGUCUUCAAGCGUGGUGGGUCUUACAUUUGAGGAUGGUGUGUGUGUAGCGACAGACACACUGGGUUCAUAUGGCAGCCUGGCAAAAUACCGAAAAUUGCCGCGCAUCGUCCAGCUGACAGAACGCGCUCUGUUGGCUGCGGGUGGAGAUUAUGCAGACUUCCAGUAUGUGCGGGACCUCCUGGAAAACAAAAUUCAUCUCGACACUGUGGAUGGUGACACACCUCCUGCACCCAGGUCUCUGUUCUGCUGGCUGCGGCGGCUGCUGUAUGACCGGCGCACCCGGUUGAGGCCUCUGCGCAUGGACGCAGUGGUGGCAGGUCUGGAGCCAGACGGGGAACCAUUCUUGGGUGUCGUAGACCUGCGUGGCACUGCCUUCUCGGCACCCUCAGUGGCCACUGCCAUGGGUGCCUAUCUUGCAUUGCCUGGUCUGCGGGAGGCUGGAACUUCACUCAGCCGCCAGCAGGCAGCAAAGCUGCUGGAGGACAAGAUGCGAGUGCUGCUACUACGAGAUGCGCGCUCCUGUGAAGAGUUCCAGCUAGCAGUCGUAGAUGGCACAGGAGUCACCAUAGAGCCUCCACGCAAGCUUCAUGCCAACUGGCAGGUUGCCCACUCUGUCUGACUGUUCCCGACAGAUGGCAUUGUCAGAGCUGUGUUUUGAUAAAAUAAAGAUUCUAAACUAUGUAA